GCCGGCCAGUCGUUUGACGCCUGCCGCGCGAGCGGGUGCCGCACGCCGCGACCGAGCCGAGCGCGAGUGUUCCGCGAGCGCGCCAUGGCCGUUGCAUGAGCGCGCGCUGCGACCGCUGGAGCCGACGGUGGAGCGCGCGCCGUGGGCCCCGGGCGGCGCGGGCAUGCGCUUCGAGGGCGCGGAGCGGCGCGACGCCGUCGCCUUCCACCCGCUGCUGGCGCCGCGGCCGAGCGACUUCUCGGUGUCGGCGCUGCUGACGGCGGGCGCGCUGCCGCCGCCGCCCUACCUGCCGGCCGCGCUGGCCGCCGCCGCCGCGCUGUCCGCGCCGUGCCCGCUGCUCAAGCCGCCGCCGCCGCCCUACGCGCCGCUGCCGCCCGACGACGACGGCGUCACCGACGACCCCAAGGUCACGCUCGAGGGCAAGGACCUCUGGGAGAAGUUCCACAAGCUGGGCACCGAGAUGGUGAUCACCAAGAGUGGCAGACAAAUGUUCCCACAAAUGAAGUUCCGCGUCUCUGGAUUGGACGCGAAAGCGAAAUACAUCCUCCUGCUGGACAUCGUCGCAGCUGACGACUACCGAUAUAAGUUCCACAACAGACGUAUGUUUCCUGCCUACAAAGUUCGCGUUUCUGGUCUUGAUAAAAAAGCAAAAUACAUUUUGCUAAUGGACAUCGUAGCUGCCGACGAUUGCAGAUACAAAUUCCACAACAGUCGGUGGAUGGUAGCCGGCAAGGCGGACCCUGAGAUGCCAAAGAGGAUGUACAUCCACCCAGACUCGCCGUCGACGGGUGAGCAGUGGAUGCAGAAGGUUGUCUCCUUCCACAAGCUGAAGUUGACGAACAACAUCAGCGACAAACACGGAUUCGAGCUCAUCUAUAGCCAAAGCCAACGGAUGUUGUCAAAGUUGCUGUGGCCAAAUCCAGUACCUAGUGCGCCCAGAGACCCCCACUCAGAUCAUUUGACGAUCCUGAACUCGAUGCACAAGUACCAGCCGCGGUUCCACCUGGUGCGCGCCAACGACAUCCUCAAGCUGCCCUACUCCACCUUCAGGACGUACGUCUUCAAGGAAACCGAGUUCAUCGCGGUCACCGCAUACCAGAAUGAAAAGAUUACGCAGCUGAAGAUCGACAACAACCCCUUCGCGAAAGGCUUCCGGGACACGGGGGCGGGGAAGCGAGAAAAGAAUCUGUCCGUGUACCGCAGGCAGGCGCUGCUGACGGCGCGGUCGGACGCGCGCGAGGACGACGACGAGCGCCCGCUGGACGUGGGCGGCCCCUCCAGCCCGCCGCCGCCGGCCACGCAGCACACGAGUAGCUCGUGGUUCAGUUCGAGCGGUGGCGGUGCUGACUCUGGCGCAGACGAAGCCGGUUCCGACUCGUCGUGUUCCGGGCCCGCGCGCCCCCCGUCUCCCCCCGCGGGCCCCUCGCGGCCCUCACCGGCCCCCGACGUGUCCUUAGGUCCGCCGGUCCAACCCCCCCUUCUGCCGUACCUCUACCCGCCUUCGUUGUACCCGCCACCUUUCUUCCCGCACCACCAAAUGCCGCCAGGUCUGUUGUUCAACCUGCAUCCCUUACUCCAGCAGUACUCGCUGCCUCCUCCCAUAGCGCCUCCGGCACCUGCGCCGGCGCCUUCGUUGAGUAAGACGCACAGGUUUGCGCCGUACGCACUCCCCGGGUUGGGAUCGGCGUUCGAACAAGUCGCUCCGAGAGCGAGAAGCCUCAGUUCGUCCCCGGCGCGGCCGAGGGUGGGCUCGCCGCCCACGAGAGCGGCGUCGGCCGACACGCCGCCCGACGCGCCCACAUCCACGACCACGGCCGCCACCCCCCCUGCGUCCGAUCUCAAAAGUAUCGAGCGCAUGGUCAACGGCUUGGACGUCGAGACUCAGGACUGACCGACCACUUGUAUAUAGAGUGUAUUUAUAUCAAGCCUCGUUCACACGGGGCGUCGUUUUGUAUCGUUCCUAUUUUGUUUUUCUGUCGAGUUCUAUUCGGGUCGAUCGUAAUAAUCUCGGAGACGGCCGUUGGGAUAUCGAAUUAACCAUUAUGUAUUAGGUACCUAUACCAAAUAACAAUAUUACCCUUUAUCGUUAUUUGGGUAUAUUUUACUAGGCGACCAACAUUACUACUACCUAUUGAUACUUCAUUGUCCCUGUAUAGUAAAUCUUAUUUUAUUUGCUGGCGUUUCUUGGCGUGCAAUAUUGUAUGACUUUUUUUGUGUUCGACGCAAAAAAAAUCAUAAAACCUUUUCGAUAUGCCGGUCGUCUCUCAGAUCAUGUUUGUAAAUAGUUAAGCUUACACUAGAUGGUUGUUUAGACGUCAUUAAUGUUUGUGGUUGACGAUCACGCGGUGAGUACAGUCUGCACUCAUGGAUAAAAGAGAUUCUUUUAUCUAUGGUCUGCACUCCACUAUCCAAUCAAGUUAGUCGUGGAAUUCGGUCGAAUAACGUCAUAUGUAAUCAUAAAUAGAAGGAACUGUCACACUGCUAACACUCUACAGUUCUGUCUGUGGUUCUGUUGGUAAACCUGACGGUCAGUACACUGAGCAGCAAAAUUCUCGAACAAUUCUCAUUUAUAAAUUGAUAAUGGACUAAAUCUAAACUGUAAUAGAGUUCCUAAUAGUGUGCAAGAGACAAUUCCUUGUGGAUUUUCGCUUACACGCAAUUUUGAACACUAUUUUGAUUACGAUUUCGUUGAUUAUCACUUUAUUAGUGAAAAUUUUGUUGGUUAGCUUGCGAUGACUCUUGCAAAUCAAAAUAGGUACCUAACUACUUCAAAUAGCCGCUUCGUCAAGUAAAAAGAACGUGGGGAAAAAACUCUGAACUGAGAACUGAAGAUCGCUGGUAGUGGGAUCAACACAUAAUAUCACACGAUAAAUAAAAUCGAGGAAUUUAGAAAAAAAGUCAAUAAAAACAAGUUAUGUAGGUAUAGGUGGAUACUGGAUACCAAUUUGAUUGCGAUUCCACAAAUAACAUCAUCGGACAGUUUCUAAUUUCUUUGUAAAACGCUUACUCUCUAAACAUAGAGUAAAAGUAAAGACAAUAAUAGAACAACAUCCGAAAAUAAAAAGUAACAUCUUAACUUCCAUUUUUAAAGUGCAAAUAUAUAUUUUUGAUACUAAUUGCAUUAACAGCAACAAUUUCAAUAUUUGUCGAUGUCUAUGUUUAGUAGGAAAGUGUUAAAAAAGCUAACUUGUAAUAUAUCCUAAUGUUAAUUAAUAUUAUCUAAUCCUGACACCUAAAAGGUUUAAUAUAAUAUUAAUGCCUAUUAUCCACACAGGUAAAAUAUAUUAAGUUUAUAUUAAUAAAGUU